UUUUUUUUUUGAAGUGGUGUCACUCGUGUUGAGUUCUCCCUAUCAGUUAGUCACCAGAUAUUAUCUGAUAUCACUGCCAGAGCGGACUUACUUUCCGCAUAAGGUCGUCUUCUUAUCCGUCCCUGACGUCAGUUCUUUGGGCGCCGCAUCCCUGCCGUUACGAAGAUCGCCUCCCAUAUGUUGUUGUGAUCUAGCCAACAACCAUCGACCUUCCAUGAGAACAUGUCUCUUACAAGCUCCGCUGCGGCGGAAAUUCUGACUGCCGCGGCUGUGGUCAUAGAGAAACCAGACGACCCGCACGAGCCACGCUGGGGGGAUCAGACUCGCGGGCAACGCGAUCUCUACACUCAACUCGUGCUGAGUCUAGCGCUCGGGUUGACUGCUUUUUUUGCCUUCUGUAUACUACGACCGAAAUGGACCGAACUGUACGCUGCCCGACGACGACAACGCUGCGCCGCCUCACACCUCCCGGAACUCCCGGACAGUCUUUUCGGUUGGAUCCCUGCGCUAUACAGGAUAACGGAUGAGGAUGUGCUGCACUCUGCCGGCUUAGAUGCCUAUGUUCUCCUUUCGUUCUUCAAAUUCUCGAUCCGACUUCUGCUUGCACUCCUUCCGAUCGCCGUCCUGAUCCUCCUCCCCGUCCAUUACAAGUUUACCGGUAAGAAUGGGAUCCCGGGCUGGGACGGGAGUGAGCCACUCGACGACAAGGAUCAGUUAAUGCUGGAUCCCAGUUAUCUGUCCAUGUACGUGGUAUUCGGCUACAUAUUCAGUGGCCUGACGAUCUACCUACUGCUCCGUGAAACGGACAACGUCAUCAGGACGCGACAAAAGUAUCUCGGGAAUCAGGCGAGCACGACAGAUCGGACCAUCCGUCUAUCAGGGAUCCCCCCGGAGAUGCGGUCUGAGGAGUCGAUCAGGGAUUUCAUGCAAGGCCUACACGUUGGGAAGGUUCAGAGUGUGACGAUUUGUCGGGACUGGGGCGCCCUUGAGCAUUUGGUUGAGAAGCGAAUGAAGAUUAUACGGUAUUUGGAGCGCGCUUGGGCUAAGCAUGUGGGCUAUAAGCGCGUGAAGCUGGACGAAAGCCAGCUACCACUGGUACAACACCGGCGGCGGCGUGGCGCCAGUCUGCUAUCAGAAGACGACAGUGAACGAAGGCAACUCCUGUCGGACAACGGACGGUCGCAUACCACCGACGAUGCGAACGCACGGCCAACGAUUCGUCUCUGGUAUGGACCACUCAAACUGCGCUACCGCACCGUGGACGAGAUCGAUUACUACGAAGAGAAACUGCGAAGAAUCGACGAGGCGAUCAAACACGCUCGCAAAUUGAUCUAUCCUCCUACCGAGCUGGCCUUUGUGACAAUGGAGUCUAUCGCCGCCUCCCAGAUGGUUAUACAGGCAAUCCUGGACCCGCAUCCGAUGCGCCUGCUGGCAAGAUUGGCGCCCGCGCCAGCGGACGUUGUCUGGAAGAACACAUACGUGCCGCGUUCCAAACGGAUGAUGCGGUCCUGGUCGGUGACUAUCUUGAUCGGCUUUCUGACUAUCUUUUGGUCGGUGCUGCUCGUUCCCUUUGCAUCCUUGCUGGAGUUGAAAACCAUCGAAAAAUUCUUGCCCCAGUUCGCCGACCUGCUGGCUCGCCAUCCGGUCUUGAUGUCCCUGGUUCAGACCGGUUUACCGACACUGGGUCUGUCACUCAUGACUGUCAUUGUCCCUUAUUUGUAUAACUGGCUAUCGCAUAUGCAAGGAAUGACGUCGCGCGGCGACAUUGAGCUGUCGAUCAUCUCGAAGAAUUUCUUUUUCUCCUUUUUCAACCUCUUCCUUCUCUUCACCGUCUUCGGGACCGCGUCCACUUUUUACGGUGUCUGGGAGAACCUGCGCGAUGCGUUUAAAGACACCACCACGAUCGCGUAUACCUUGGCGGGGUCCUUGGAACAAUUGACUCCGUUCUACGUGAAUCUCCUGGUUCUCCAGGGCGUGGGGAUUUUCCCUUUCCGCUUGUUGGAGUUUGGGAGCGUGGCAGCGUAUCCAUUCCGUCUCUUCAGGGCCAAAACGCCACGGGAGCAUGCUGAGUUGUCGGCACCGCCCGAGUUCAGCUACGGUUAUUCCAUUCCGCAAACGAUCCUGAUCUUCAACAUCUGCCUGGUAUAUAGCGUUUUCCCGAGCUCCUGGUUGAUUUGUCUCUUCGGGCUAGUCUACUUCACGAUCGGACAGUUCAUUUACAAAUACCAGCUGUUGUACGCCAUGGACCAUCAGCAACACUCCACCGGACGGGCAUGGCCCAUGAUCUGCCACCGAGUCCUGGUUGGUCUGAUGCUGUUCCAGCUUGCAAUGGUUGGCAUUCUCGCCUUGCGGAAGUCAAUUGCCCGGUCUUUGCUCUUGGUCCCCUUGCUGGCCGGAACUGUGUGGUUCAGCUACUUCUUCGCGAGCAGCUACGAGCCCCUCACCAAGUUCAUUGCUUUGAAGAGCAUCGGCCCAGAGAGUACUAGUAGUGGAGAGAUCUCGCCUUCCUCAUCCGCAACUUUCUCCCCUCCGUCCGGCCUUGACCGCGACUCCCUUCCCAUCCGGAUCGGCGGGCAAGCGCUGGGCCUCCGGUUGAAUAAAUACGUCAACCCCAACCUUAUCCUCCCUCUGCAUGAUGCCUGGUUUCCAGGGCGCGGUGCUAUCCACUUUUCUCACCACGAGACUCCGAACGACUUUGCAGUCUAAGCUUGCCAUAGUGGCUAGCUGAUAGCGCUGUAAUCGUACACAACUCACUAUGCCUUCAGUAUUAUGCCGACUUCACGGAUAUGUGCCGUUUCGCAUUUGACACUGACUUUCCUCCAUCCCCCCCCAACAACAACAACACUAAGAACAACAAAAGAUGAUUAUCGUUCCUUAUUUCACGAUAUACGACCGCUACGCCAUUCUAGGAUCUGAUUCCUAUCUGAUUUACGGGCUCACGUAUCAUGUAUACUAACGUUUUGGAUCUCCCCUUUUUUGCAUUUUGCAUUCUUCAUGAGCGAUUCGGAUCCCGGACUUGUAUUGUUGAUUUCGCCGAAUUAUUGACUUUGAAUUAUUUAGAGCAGUGUGUCGAGGUAUGAGUGUUACCUUGCUAUAUGUAUUUACUUUGCAAUACUAUGUUUCAUAGAGAA